GACAUUGUAAUGUUUGAAACUUUGAGACAGAACUUCUUUCGGUUUCUCCACUGGUGAGCAGCAAUGGUGAAGGUUUACGCCGUGCUGUGCCUGCUGGGUCUCAGCAUUGCAGUAAGCAAUGCCCUGAACAAUGGCCUAGUGCGGACGCCUCCGAUGGGAUGGCUGGCUUGGGAACGUUACAGAUGCAACAUUGAUUGCGAAAAGGAGCCGGAUAACUGCAUCAACGAAGACCUCUUCCUCCGAAUGGCGAAUCUGCUCAAUGACAACGGCUAUGCGGCAGCAGGAUAUGAUCGGGUGAACAUUGAUGACUGCUGGCCUCUCCACAAUCGUGACGAACAUGGCCGACUGGUUGCAGAUCCAGUCCGUUUCCCCCAUGGGAUCAAAUAUCUCGCCGACAAGCUUCACAAAAUGAAUAUGAAACUGGGCAUUUACGGAGAUUACGGAACAAAGACCUGUGGUGGCUAUCCAGGCAUGAUGGGUUACAUUAGAAAGGAUAGCGAGACAUUUGCCAGCUGGGGAAUCGAUAUGUUGAAGCUGGAUGGCUGCUACGCUGACGUCAAGCUGAUGAAUGAAGGAUAUGCGGAGGUUACGAGAGCCUUGAACCAGACAGGCCGUGAGAUUGUUUACUCCUGCAGCUGGCCGGACUAUCAGAGAAUUGCAGGGAUGAACGUCAGCUACGAGAAUGUGGCCAAGCACUGUAAUCUGUGGCGCAACUAUAUCGAUAUCCAGGACUCGUGGGACAGCGUUACGUCGAUCAUUGACUUCUACGGCGAGCCGAAAAACUACCGCGACUUUGGCGUCGUGAACGGGCCAGGCCAGUGGAAUGAUCCCGACAUGCUGAUACUUGGAGACUAUAGCUUGAGUAAAGACCAGAGCAUUGCCCAAUUUGUGUUCUGGUGCUACUUCUCUGCGCCUCUGUUCAUGUCAAACGAUCUGGCGAAGAUUCAAGAUUGGACGAAAGAGAUUCUUCUGAACGCCGACUUGAUCGCAAUCAACCAGGACCCACUUGGACGCAUGGCACAGCGCGUGUCGGCGAGCGGAGGACGUGAGAUCUGGCGCAAGGAACUUGCCGAUGGAUCCGUUGGUGUUAUCCUAUGGAACCGCAGUACCUAUGGCACGCCCGUCCUAAUGACUGUGACCUUCGCAGAGGUUGGACUGUCCGCGGGCCGUACCUAUUGUAUCAGGGACCUGGUUACACACGUCAAUAGUCACGCGACCACCUCAUUCUCCACUUACGUCAACCCUGCUGGCGGUGUGAUCGCUUUGAAAGUCAGCCAAGCUUGCUAGCUUUGGUUUGAUGUGCUGUUCCGUGCUCUUUGAGUCAUAGACCCAUGUGGGUUAGUAAGUGCAGUGCCCUUGGUGCAGGUUGGUGUGUUCUGCAAGCUGCAGGUGCAGCAUGAGUACUUGUGUUGUACUGCUUUGAAUUGAAGACAUUUUGGAAUAUCAUGUUGAAAGGCCUUUCAGCUUACUGGUACAAGCUGUUGUUUUUGCAGCGAUGCUUGUUAGCAAGGUCUUGUACUGCCAUGAUGUAAAGCACCCAACGACAUAUGCACUUACUAGUGCAUAAUCUAGAUUCAAAUUGUUUGUUUUUUAAUGGUGUUUUUCUUCUGUGCAUAUUUCCAUCUUGAGUUUCAAGUACUUCCAAGAUCUUGA